AGGCUUUUAGCCAAACUCUCUCUAGUCUCUCUCUCUCUCUCUACUUGAGAGUGCCGUCUCCAUUUUCUCAACGUAGUCGUUUAUUUUGAACAAAGACUCUCUCCGUUUACCAAAGGUCAUCUCUUUUCUUCCUCCUUCUCUCACUUUUGAUUAUAUUUUCUGACUUCCUCCUCCUUUCUCAGAAAUUCUCUUUCGAUCUUCUCUACAGUGUUGUUAACGAUGAGGAGGUGCUUCUCCAAAAUUACUGAUUGCCACUUGGGUUUCAAGAAUUCCAACUUCUUAUUGGUUGGUUCUGAAGUUGGUUCAGGUUCAGUAACGAGAACCAUUACUACUACUACUAGUGAGCGUUUAUUUAGCAGUAGUUAUGCAGCUCAUCAAGUUGAUCAGAUAAAAGACAAUCCUGUCUCUGACAUGUUGAUUGAUAAAUUUGGUCGCUUACAUACCUACUUGAGGAUAUCUUUGACUGAGCGGUGUAAUCUCCGGUGUCAGUAUUGUAUGCCGUCUGAAGGUGUGGAACUUACUCCUAAGCCUCAGUUGUUGUCACAGUCUGAGAUUGUUAGGUUGGCUGGUCUUUUUGUUUCUGCUGGUGUUAACAAGAUUCGGUUGACUGGUGGCGAGCCUACGGUUAGGAAAGAUAUCGAAGAGAUUUGUCUGCAGUUGUCUAGUUUAAAAGGGUUGAAGAAUUUGGCUAUUACUACCAACGGUAUCACUCUUGCGAAAAAACUACCAAGGCUUAAGGAAUGCGGACUUGAUUCGCUGAAUAUCAGCUUGGAUACUCUGGUUCCAGCAAAGUUUGAGUUUCUGACUAGACGUAAAGGGCAUGAUAGGGUUAUGAAAUCGAUUGAUACUGCUAUUGAGCUUGGAUACAAUCCUGUGAAAGUCAAUUGUGUUAUCAUGAGGGGAUUGAAUGAUGAUGAGAUUUGUGAUUUUGUUGAGUUGACACGCGACAAGCCAAUCAAUGUCCGGUUCAUCGAGUUUAUGCCAUUUGAUGGAAAUGUUUGGAAUGUGAAGAAACUUGUACCUUAUGCAGAAGUGAUGGAUAAAGUGGUCAAGAGGUUUCCGAGCAUAAAACGAAUGCAAGAUCACCCAACUGAAACAGCUAAGAACUUUACGAUCGAUGGGCAUUGCGGUUCUGUUUCUUUCAUCACAUCCAUGACAGAACACUUCUGUGCUGGCUGCAAUAGAUUGAGACUUCUUGCAGAUGGGAACUUCAAAGUUUGCUUGUUUGGUCCUUCAGAGGUAAAGUACAUUUCCAAAUUUUUCCAUGGCUAAAAGUCAGUAACUGUUGAUUCAAGUGGCUGCGAACAUGUACAAGUGUGCAAUAACUUGAGUACCGGUAAACAUGAGUAUUCGUGGUUGCUUCUCAAUAAUGUGACGAUCAUUUUGUUUCGCCCGAUGAUUUCUUGUGAACAGGUUAGUCUGAGAGAUCCUCUCCGGUCUGGUGCUGAUGAUGAGGCGCUAAGGGAAAUUAUAGGCGCUGCUGUGAAGAGAAAGAAAGCUGCACACGCUGGAAUGCUUGACAUUGCUAAAACAGCUAAUAGACCAAUGAUACACAUUGGUGGCUAAGCUCCGGUGAACGUUGGUGAAGUUCCUGGAAAACACUACAAGGAACAUUUGAGUUUUAUAUCUUGUAAGAAUCUAUCUGCUGCUCCCAACUCUGUGAGACUGUGACAAACUUUUUUGCAAACAAGAACAAGAAGACUGAAGAGUUUCUCAAACUGUUUCUUCUCUGUAUACGUAACAGACACUGUACAGGAACUCAGAAUUUCCACACGAAUCUUUUCAGUCCAAUUACUUUUCUUAUUUAUGGCCAAAAAGAUCAACUAUAAGCUUUUAUUAUGUUAAGAAUUUUAAAAUCUUAAAUUUGAUAACAACAACAAAUUCACUUGCGAUAUUGAUCAAAGCUUAUUGUAUAAUAGAGUUUUGAGAUACAUGACUUGUACUCUGCUGUUUUAUUAGCUUACAUAAAAAUAGGUAUCUUAUUAAUGGCUUAUUCAUAACAAUAUAAUGUCUAGUUUUCGGUAGAAAGAAGAGCACAAGGCUUCCU